AUGUUAUUUAUAUUAUAUAUUGGGGUAAUGAAUGACAUCAUUAAUAAUAUUUUAAUAAAUGAAAUUAAAUGGUGGAAAGAAUGUAUAGGUAUAAAACAAAUACAAGAAUUAACAUCAAUUGGAUAUAAUGUAGAGAAUUUAUUAUUCUUUGGCGAAAUAAUGUUCACAUUGAAGGGACUAAAAUUCUUAACGUUAAUAACCGAGUUUUCAAAUCUUCAUAUUGGUGGUGAUGGCAAUGGUUUAAUAUCGUUGAAUCAAAGUUUCAUUGAUAAUGUUUUAUCAGAACCACUUAACAGAUUCUCAUCAAUUAUAGAUUAUAAAAUCAUUGACAAGUUAGAGACAUCGAAUUGUUCAUUCAAGAAUUGUUUAUUGGUUUAUAAUAAGCUUCAUCCAUUAUACAAUCAAGAGUUUAUUCAAUUGAUUAGUUCAUCGACAUUAUCAAAUGGUUCAAUUGAAUUAUAUUUAAAAGAAAAUCAACUCUCAAAAUUAUUAGAUUAUCCAUUCACUUUAAAAGAGAAUGUCAAUAGUGGUAAUGAUAGUCAAGAUUCACAAAUCGAUGAAAUUAUGGAUAUAGGCUAUCAAUCUGAAAAUAAUAGAGUUAUCUUUAGUUAUUUUUGUACAUUUGAUCAAUUAAAAUCAAAUAGAGAUUUAAUAGAAUCACAUUUUAAAAAAUAUUCGAAUAUAUUCUUUGAUACUUUUGAAAAAGAAUUAAAAUUAAAAGUUUCUUUUACUUAA